AUGCUGUCUUCGUACAAUCCAGGUGGUCAGAAUGUUAGAGUUGUAAGUGAUUUAUCAAGAUUUGAGUUUGAAAGUCCAACGCCCAAAAUUAGAUCGAGAAAUCCCACUCCUCCUUCGAAUAAUCAUAGUCUGCAAACUGAGAGUCCCCAGUUACUUCAUAAACCUUCAUUUCAUGACGAAAUACUAUCUGAGCCAAGGCCACCUUUCACUGGCCGUCAAAGAAGUAGGACAUUGAUUGAAAUCGCCGAAUCUAGUACGCUUCCUAAGGCUAGAGAUAAUACUUAUGAUUAUGAUGAUAUUUACAAAUACUAUGAGAAACAAUCCAAUUCUUCAGUAGCUGAUUUGAGUAAUGCAGAGGGCUUUUAUCCAUAUCCUUCAUCUUUGAAAGACGAACCUGUACCAACCAAUGGCUUUGGUUUAUCAACAUUCCCUGAACAGCAUUCUGUAGGAACUCCAAUAACUAAUCAAACAUCUAUCAUGAAUCCUCAUACUUCAGGCACAUUGACGAACAACAAUUACUUCAAUAAUAAUUACAAAGACAAAGAUUUACCUCCUAUAAUGGAUACUCAACAAUAUUAUCAAUUCACUAAUAAUGUUAGUGAUGAAUCAGUUUACAAAUCUAAUGAUACUUUAAGUUUCUCAUCCAAACAACAGAAAACAGAAAAUCACCUUGUGAAAAGUGUUAUGAACAGAAGAUUAUUCUCGUUUAGACCAGGAAAUAUUAUGAAUGAUGAAGGUUUCGAAGGUAGAGAGAUAGUAAUUACUGUUAAUUUCCUUCUUUAUUUCUUUGAGAUGAUAGUAGCUAUCAUAAUUAUCAUAUUAUCUAGUGUUCUAGUGAGAGAGGAUAUGGAUAUUGCUUCUGGAAUUUAUAGAUACUUUAUUGCUGAUUCGGCGAUAUCAUUGAUUAUCUCAAUACUUUUCAUGACCACCGUUGUCAACUUUGAGAAACGUAAUGGGAGUUUUUACGUGACAUGUGCAUGUAUUUUAUCAUUGGUUUCCUUUAUAAUAACCAUAAGUACUGUCAUUCCCAGUGACGCUUGUAAAACUGCUUCAAUCUGUAGCACCAGGAAAGCUAAUAGUGCAUUCCUCAUCAUUUCAUUCUUCUUAUGGUUGAUUGAUUUGGUGAUGUUUUUAACCACUUUAUAUAUUUCAAGAUUGAAUUUGUUAACGGAAUUGAAUUUCGAUUAUAGUCACAAGGGUUUAGAAAAAGAAUUUAAUAAAUCAUUAUCGGAUGGAUCAACUGUUAAUUUUAAUCAGGAACAUAAUGAUGAUUUAUUAGACCCUAGAAGUGGUCAACCUUUAAGACAAUAUUACUUGAAUGAAGUUGGUGAAAUGUAUGAGUUGACAGAUGACUUCGAUGUAAGGGGUAAGAAUAAAAUAAUUGUUUAUACUGUAUAA